UCUCAACGCACGCACCUGUACAGAGAUGCCGUCAAUUAUCUGGUCAAGAAUGGAAAUGCCUAUCCUUGUUUCUGCUCUAGUGAAAGGCUUAAAGCCUUUGCUGCGGAUAAAAUAAAGGGGGAAAUCGUCAGAUACGAUCAAAGGUGCUAUUAUUUAUCAGACACGGAGAGAAAUCGUUUGCUCGACAGAGGGUGUCCUCAUGUAUUCAGGCUCAAACUCGAAAAUUCUGAUACUGAAUUUGAAGAUCUGAUACAAGGGUCUAUCAGAAUUAAUCUGAUUAAUUCCGAGGGUGAUCCUAUUAUAUUGAAGUCUGACGGUCUUCCUGUUUAUCAUUUGGCUAAUGUCGUCGAUGAUCACUUGAUGGAAAUUACUCAUGUAAUACGAGGCGUUGUAAGAGUGGCUUACUUCGACUCCCAAGCAUCUUCAGCUUUACAGGGCUUUUGGAUGGACCCCACCACACUUCGCCCAUCUUCCGCUUAUUCUAUCCAGCGGCUUGUUUAG